AUGGUCCAAGCCAUGUCACACGAUCAGUUCAAUCGCCAAUCACUGGGUUCUCCAACCAACACCAUGGUGAAGGAGGCACGGAUAUUGAUGGUGGGCGCCGGAGGCAUCGGAUGCGAACUCCUCAAGAACCUCGUUCUCACUGGGUUUGGAGAGAUUCAUAUCGUGGACCUCGAUACGAUCGACUUGAGCAACCUAAACCGACAGUUCCUCUUCAGACACGAGCAUAUCAAGAAAUCGAAAGCUUUGGUAGCAAAGGAGGCAGCACAUGCCUUCAAUCCAAAUGUGAAGCUGGUGGCUCACCAUGCCAACAUCAAGGAUGCCGAGUUCAACGUCAGCUGGUUUAGGGGAUUCACAAUGGUCUUUAACGCGUUGGACAAUUUGGAUGCAAGAAGACAUGUGAACAAGAUGUGCCUGGCUGCGAAUGUUCCUCUCAUUGAGAGCGGUACCACCGGGUUCAACGGCCAGGUCCAAGUUAUCAAGAAGGGAGUCACAGCCUGCUAUGAUUGCAGCCCCAAAGAAACGCCCAAAAGCUUUCCUGUUUGCACGAUCAGGAGUACGCCAAGCCAGCCCAUCCACUGCAUUGUCUGGGGGAAGAGUUACCUGCUCAGUGAGGUCUUUGGAGCGAGCGAGGAUGAGUCGGCAGAGAUGGAUCAUUCAGAGGAUUCUGAAAAUGCCAAGGAGAUUGAAAAAUUGCGUCAAGAAUCACAGGCGUUAAAGAAUAUUAAACAAGCUAUGGGCACACCAUCAUUCCCACAGCUACUAUUUGAUAAAGUCUACCAGGACGACAUCAAUCGUCUGCGAUCAAUGGAGGAGAUGUGGAAGAGCCGGCGGCCGCCACAGUCGCUGAGUUAUGCUAAAAUUAUCGAGCCUGCAGUCGAUGUGGAAACAAGAAAAGAACAAAUACUCAAGGCCGGUCAGCGGAUUUGGAAUCUGGAAGAGAAUGCCAUAGUCUUUAAGGACAGCCUGGAACGUCUAAGCAGAAGAUGGUCAGAUAUGAAAUCUGCUGUAGAUGGUAAUUCCGCGGAGCCAAUAAUCACCUUUGACAAAGACGACGAAGACACUCUGGAUUUCGUAACAGCAAGCGCAAAUUUGCGGUCGAUCGUAUUCGGCAUUGAGAGCAAGUCUCGAUUCGAUGUCAAACAAAUGGCUGGGAACAUCAUUCCUGCUAUUGCAACCACCAAUGCAAUCGUAGCUGGGCUUUGUGUACUCCAGUCCUUUAAAGUCCUUCGGGGAGAUUUUUCAAGUACGAAGGAAAUAUUUCUCUCGCCGUUCGCGUCACAGCGACUCAUAUCUUCCGAUAGGUUCCGGCCUCCAAACCCAGAUUGCCCAGUAUGUAGCGUGGCACAAGCUCAAGUCAUGGUCGAUAUGUCACGAGCCACUCUUGGCGAUCUUGUUGAAAAUUUCCUGCGUCUGGAGCUGGGUUAUGGAGAUGAGAUUGUGGUAAACCACGGGGAUGACCUAUUAUACGAUGUUGAAGAAAUAGACAACCUAGCAAAGAAACUCGAUGAACUCGGAAUCAAACCCGAUAGCUUUUUGACAAUCAUCGAUGAAGAUGACGAGAACCCAAGAGUUAAUUUAGUGCUCAACGUACAAGAAUCUACGGCGUCAGACGAGAAGCCUAUAAAAGGGGUAGAUUUCCCCCCAGCACCAUCAGGCGAUGAGCCUGUUUCCCCUAUUCCAAGAAGAAAGAAACCUGCACAACAGCCCAAUGGACACAGGGCAGAGGGCACGGACACCAUUGCGGCGAACGGUAAUGGAACGGCAGCUGUUAGGAGCGACCCCCCUGGGAGGAAGAGAUCGAUUUCUGAGGUUGAGGACCUUGAGCAUCCGCCAAAGCGAGCAAAGACGCACCCCAACGGCGCUCCUACAGAUGGCGCUAUAGUCGUCGAAGACUCCGGUGAUGGUGCCAUUGUUAUCGAUGAUGAUUGA